AAUUCCGUUUGCCAGAAUACCGUGGGUUCAUACAAAUGCUUGUGUAACGUCGGGUACACAGGAGAUGGAAAACCCUGCAAUGGUAUAUAAUAAGACUGAGGCCACGUUCACAUGAAUCCGGACAAUUUUAAAACGACAUAUCUUUAGUUUUAUCCAGACUCGAGCAAACGAGACCUUAAAUCAGUGAGCGGAUUCAUUGUUUUUUUGUGGACAAAAUGCCGAUUGGUGUAAAAAAAUUAAAAAAAAUAAUGAUAAUAAUAUAAUAAUAAUAAUAAUAAGAAGAAGAAGAAGAAGAAGAAGAAUAUUUAGGUAUAUAAGGAUUUACGUAUAUAAGAGAUAAUGAGAGUGUAAAAGCAGAAUAAUUUUCUAAAUAGGCCUCUAUUAGAGAUAAUCAUAUCAUUAUGUAUUUUAGGAUCGUAUUAGGUUUCGUAUCGACCUUUUUUUACUUUUUAAGUAUAGCUUCUCAAGUGGUGUAGGCUACGCUAUGCGCCCUAUACUACUCAUAAUGUGGAUAGCAUUCCAAAGUUUCAUACUGCGACAUAAAAAUAAUAAUAACAAUAAUAAAAAAGAUAUCCGGUUCUUUUGGACGGGGUCUGAGAAGCGAAUAAAGUUGAAAGGUGCAAUUUCUAUGCGGCGUUAAAGAAACUCUCAACACAGUCACUUCCUUGUUUCGCAGUAGAAAAAAUGAAUAUAUUGACCUUAGCGACCAGAUGUAAACUAUAAGAUAGAUAUAAUAAUAUCAGUGAUUCUAACUCUUUUUGCAAUUUAUUCGUUCUCAUGCAGAUAUCGACGAGUGUUCUAACAACUCACACAGCUGUGGCGUCAAUGCGGUGUGUAGCAAUACUGUUGGAUCGUACACAUGCGCGUGCAAAGUAGGUUACACGGGCGAUGGAAGGACGUGUUCAGGUAAGUUGUCGUAUUGUAUAUAUAAAAAAAGGUAAUCUGGGCGAAGUAAAUGCAUGUGAAUAGACGUAUCUCUGUUUCUUCUGGGAAAUCGAAUUAGCCAAAGUGAAUGGCUGCUGCCAGGGUAGAUCGUGACAACACCAACUACCAACUACAUCCACUACUAGAAAUCUAUGGUGUUGAAACUUCUCAUACAGGUCACUCUGGCUGGCUCCUCCCACGUCAACGAUCUCUUAUAGUGACGUAAUACCUGCUGUAGUUCGACCGGACUCGUCACCGAGCAAACUGGAAAAAACCCUUAUUAAUUCAAAAUACUUCUGCGUUCUGAUUGGUUUAAAUGUCCCCAAGCUAACUCUUCAUAACCAGCUACCUUUGACCAAAUUUAGAAGAUGUUUGCAGAUAUCCUCAAAGAUGUAUCCUCGGAGACCUAGGGACAGUUUAUUAACAAGUUGCGCCGUUUCUCCUGACUCGACUGAGGUCCAGCCCAGACGAAUCUGGAAACUGCAUAUAUUUUUUUGAACCCGUAUGUAUGAAUAUGGACGAGGUCUUAAACCCAUCGAUCCGGAGCGGGGUUUAAAAAAAGAUGCGGCCUCGGUGAGAGCAUUCAUAGGUUUCGAGUGGACAAAAGGCUGAUUCGUGUAAAAAAGAAUAAUUAUGUGCGGUUUCAAAAAUAUGCGGAUUCGUGUGGACGUGGCUUGAUUCCCACUGGGUUACCGAGAGAUUUAAUGCUUAAUCGUUUUCAAAAAAAAGGACAGCUGAAGGCUUGGUAGUUCAAUUUUGGUAAUGCUGGGGAAAAUGGCGGGGACGAAAAAGAGCUGAACUACUGCCUAAGUUCAAGGCAAAAUUAAACAGCAAACAUACCACUUGACCGGUGACAUCUGCUCUUGAGGAUAGAUAUUCUUUAGACUAUACAUCACUUAUAUCCUGGCAUGAAUUUUUCGAGGAACACAUGUACAGGUACAUGUUAUAAAGACAGAAACUUUACCAUGAUGAAGAGAAGCAUGAUUUAAAGUUUUGAAAUAUAUUAAAUGAAUAAAAGAAUUGUUUGAUUCUGCUUUUAGCUUUUGUAUGAUAUGAAGAAUUAUGCAGAAUAUUUUUUUUUCCGUGGGGGGGGAGGGGGGGGGGGGGGGGGAGUACGCUGAACUGCCAUCAGGCGGAUGUAAAAUCUCUUAUCCUUACGCCAAGCUUUAUUACAUUUUCCCAGAUAUCGACGAGUGUUCCACCAACACCCAUAGCUGUGACGUCAAUGCGGUCUGUAGCAAUACUGAGGGAUCGUACGUUUGUACGUGUAAAGCAGGAUUCACAGGCGAUGGGCGAACAUGCACU